CUAUUGGUCGACAGACAGAGCAUCCCGAGGAAGGCCCACCUACCUAGCGAUCCGUCUCUGAUAGCAGCUCCAAUUCAGGCGAUAUUUCAAUCAACUAGGAAAUACAACCUUAAGGAAACAAGUCAUAUUUGUUUAAAAAAAAGAGCUCCAGGACCAGGGUCGAGAUGGAUGUGUUCAUGAAGGGGUUGUCCAAAGCCAAAGACGGUAUGGCUAUGGCCGCGGAGAAGACUAAGGAGGGAGCCGCGCUGGCAGCGGAAAAGACUAAGGAAGGCGCCAUGUUUAUCGGCACCAAGGCCAAAGAUGGUGUUGGUUCAGCGAAGGACCUUGCUGGUGGAGCCAUGGGGAAUAUCGCUGCUGCCACCGGCCUGGGGAAGAAGGACGAGUUCCCAUCUGACAUGAACCCUGAGGAGUAUGGACAGGACGCCAUGGAAGGAGAGCCACAGGGAGGUCAUCUGGAGGGAGAGACAUAUGAUGAGAACCAGCAGGAGCAGGGCCAGGACUACGAACCAGAAGCAUAAAAUCAUCAUUCCAAAUCUCCAUCCAACCAGCAGCACAAUUUAUUACAACAAAAAGGACAAACGCUGAAAUUACCACAAUAAUACAAAUCUAAUCCUGUUGCAAAAAAGUACAAAAACCACAAACAAGCAUUCCAGUUGAGAAAAAUGUUCUUCCUUCUUCUUCAAGACAAAUCUUUUAUGAUAAUCGAUGCUAUAUUGUAAAUGUCAUGUUACUUCUGUAAUGUGUUGGGUCUUGUAGUUGUUUCUUGAGGUGUAGAAGCCACCCGCAGUCUCAAGUCUUGUUUCCUUGAUUCCCUCCCAAUGGAACGAGACCCCGGACCAGGCCUGGCUUGUGACCAUAGAAAUACAAUCCAUAGAACAGGCCUCCCCAUUCAAGAUUGGACUGUAUUUCUAUGCGUGUGACUCUUUGUACUCUUUGUGUGUUUCUGUAUUUAUAAAUGUGCGAUAAUAAUAUAUGUGUUAUUCUAAUCUUUCAACAACGACGUUGGGAGCGGAAGAAAAGUAUAAAUCCAUUUUCAAACAGAUAUUGACUACUACCAAUAAUAUUCUAUAAGUUGUGUACAAUGCCUGUUUAUGGGUUCUCGUUUUUAUUUAUUUAAUGUUUUUCAAGUAAGAGUUUUAUACAUUGUAUCUUUAUAGUUGCUUGUGAAAUCAUUCCGGUGGAACUAUCUGUUUAGAAAUGGACAAACUACAUGUUUGUGUGUGUGUGUUUGUAUGUACUGAAGAUUUUAACAAGUUAAAGUCAGUAUAUUACGUCUUGAAAUCAUAAUGGUUGUCAGAUCAAUAUGUGCUUUAAAAUGCAGGACUUGUCAAUAGAAAGGUUUAUGUGUCAAAGCAGACAAACUAACACACCCUCUGUAAAUAAAAAAAGUGAGAAAAAAGAAA